GAAGAAGAAGAGAAGAAGUGUUGCAGAACAGUGAAUAGAGAGAAGAAAAGAGAAAAAGGCAGAAAAUGUACACAUCAGCAGCCAUCAUUACAAUCAUCACACCAAAACCAAAUUCUUCUUCAAUUCCUUUCACUUUGUUUUUCUUUUCAACCCUUCUUCCCUCCUUUUUCCUCCUUCUCUUCUAUCUAUCUAUCUAUCUAUAUUUAUACCUUCUUUGCUUCUCUAGUUAAUGAUAUCUUCUUUUCUCUUUCAUUGAUUCAUAGGAAGAACAAGUGUAUAUAUACAUAUAUAUAAGUGGUGAAGUACCAAGUUGAAGAAGUAAAAGAUUAAUCAUGGAAAGAUGUGUAAACUACUAUGUAAUGUUUCUUCUACUGAGUCAGUUCCUAUGUUCGGGUUGUUCAUAUAGGACAAUGAAGGAAGAAAGUAGACAUGUGAAUGUACUAUUAAAUGAUGCUCAAAUUUUCACCACACAAAAAGAUAUCACCACUCCAAUUGCAACAAUUCCAAACUUGGUUCCAACCACACCAACUUUUUCAACAUCUCCAUUCAUAAACCCUAAUUCAAACCCUGAUAGUACUAGUGUUUCUCCCGCAUCAACAAUCCCAAUUACUACUCCACCUACCACAGUGAAUUCAUCACCAGUUUCUUCAGGUGCAAGCUGGUGCAUUGCAAGCCCUAGUGCCUCACAAACUUCAUUGCAAGUUGCAUUGGACUAUGCUUGUGGCUAUGGUGGUGAUGAUUGCUCAGCAAUUCAACCUGGUGGAAUAUGUUACAUUCCAAAUACUAUUCAACAACAUGCUUCUUAUGCAUUCAAUAAGUAUUAUCUCAAGAAUCCUGUUCCUAAUAGCUGCAAUUUUGGUGGAGCUGCUCUCAUUACUAACACUAAUCCAAGCACUACUACAUGUCAGUAUCCAUCAACAAGUACUAGUUCAUCAGUAUUGAACACCACAAAUUCAAUCGGUGCAAAUGUGUUUGGUUCAGUUCCAGUGCCCACAAACCCUUCUCCCUCUGCAGCUGCUGACACAUCACAUAGCUAUGCUAAAAUUUGUGUCACACUUUGGAUGAGUAUUUUUAUUUUAAUAUAGCUGUCCUGUAUUCUAUGCUAAUAUAUCAUUUAUUUAUUAUUAGAUAGGAUAUGAGUUUUAUUUAUAAAAUUUUUGCCCCUUGCUACAACAAGACCAUUCAUAGGACAUACAUGGUAGAUACACUGUAGAAAAAUAAAUAGUAUGAUGGACAUUCAUAGAGCCGUUUAACGUCUUUGUAUUGUUAGAAUAAUAGUAUUUGUGUGAGGCUGCAUUAGUCUCUAUCAUUACAUAUCCCUAAACCAGAGUAGUGAUUAAAUAUAUGGUUAUGAUUAAAUAUAUGUAUACAACUUAGUAGACAAAAUAACAAUAUACAUCUUCAUAAUACACUUACAAGAGGGAUCAUCCUCAUUUUUAUUAUUUUGGAGAGCCAAGAUAUGUUUCUGGAAUGAAGCUGCAGCCUCUUCCCUUUUCUCUAAUACACAAGAUUGCAUAAGUUUGCUUACCUCCAGAAGUUGGAGUUCAUCAGAUGCCUGUCUCAAUGAAUCUAACAGAAUCUUGUAAUUGUCAAAGACUGAAAGAAUAUAAAUCAGCUUUUGGUAUUAAAAUGGUUAAAAAAUGAGUGAAGUACCAAUCCAGUCCUGUCCAUUUUUAAUAAUGACAGCGCGACCACUCAAAAUAAAAUCGAUCUACUUCGGUCUCUGUUU